AUGAACUGGUACCGAUUUAGUUUUGGCACGUUUCCAAUCCCCGAUCUGACUGGAGCAAAUUUGAUCAUAAAACGCUUCUCGUUUUAUCGAUCACUUACCGUAAUACUUUCAGCCGGUGCAACCGUAGUACGACAUCCGGCCGACGAACCUCGUGCAAGUAUACAACAUCAUGAACCACCAUCGGCUCCCAUUAUUCCUGGAGACAUGCUGGCUGCAAAAAUUCGUACUUAUCUUUCGCAUCCAGUGACAUGGCAGCCUUCUGCAGAUCAACGACGUCUUAUCGGCCAUAUGGUAUUGCACAAGACGGAUAAUUCGGCUUCUGGAGAUCUCGGUCUCAAGGUGGUCGGUGGUCGACGCAGUGACAAUGGCCGCUUGGGAGCCUUCAUUACUCGAGUAAAACCGGGAAGUGUAGCCGAUACCAUAGGCCGAUUGAGAGCAGGCGAUGAGGUUCUGGAAUGGAAUGGCCAAGCCCUUCAAAAUGCGACAUUUGAUCAAGUGUAUGAGAUAAUAUCAGCAAGUAAACACGAGUCGCAAGUGGAAAUUAUUGUGAGCAGGUCAUCCAGUGUGCCUGGUGGUGAUGAUUUCUUGAACAUGCAAACACCGGCUCGGCAAUUACCAAAUCUGCAAUACUUCCUAUCACAAGCCUCCCCACUACUUCCAUUGCAAACACUUUCGCAUUCCCAAUCAGCUAUUCUUCCUCAUCACCAACAGAUUAGCCCAAGGCAUCGGACAACCAUGACGGGAGGAUACUUCCAAGGUAGUGAUCUCCGUUACAUUGGUUUUCAAAAUUGUCGUUUUCAGAUUUCCUUGUAUUUCUCACAUGUGGAACGACAACUAACCGUUCGUAUAGAACGGGUGGCUGAUCUUCCUCCACGUGCUGAUGGUUCACCAAGGAAUCCCUACGUGAAGAUUUUCCUGCUUCCGGAUCGGAGCGAGAAAUCACGCCGUCAAACGACCGUCCUGGCCGAAGCGAUUACUCCCAUCUGGAAUGAAUCGUUUUACUAUCAAGGGAUCACGGAACCGAUGCUUAUGGAACGAGUCCUGGAGGUUACGGUAUGGGACUAUGACAAGUUUGAGGCAAACUCAUUUCUCGGUGAAACAUUAGUGGAUUUCUCUACGACAUCCCUAGAUGGCCAGACAAUGACGUUACCGCUUGUCGACAUGGACGAUGAGAAUCCUCUACGUCUUGUGAGUUACUUCUUUCUGGUUCAAAAUAGGAUGGACGAGGACUGGUCUGUACAACCGCAUUCGGGGUACCUAUCAGACCACGGCUAUUACCAACAGUCUGGACAGAGGGUAAGGCACCGUCGACCAAGAAGUGCCACUGCUAUGCGACCGAGUAAGUUAUCUAAAACGAUUAAUCGUCGAUGCAUGCCACAAAAUGAGGCAAACGAUAUGCAAGAAACGUCACUGGAAGAAUAUGCUCCAGAAGACGUGCCAUCAGCUUCGGGAGUCUCAGCCAAGUCAUCGAUGACUGCGCAAUCUAUGAAAGAACGCAAGAAAAGCAUCAUGACACGCUUUAUCCCUGGAAAAUCUGGAACCACUGAGGGAAAGCGUACUGGCUUCUUGCGUUCUGAAGAAGUAGGGAUUCCGGGCAACAUGUCUGCAGCUGAUCGUCUACAACAGCAACAGCAGUUUGUGAAGCAAACGAGUAAAGAGUCAACGGAUUCGACAUCUGACAACUGGCUGCCAGUGUUGCCAGACGGCCCACUUGGCACGUUUGUCGACAAUCUCGGUCCGGGACAAGUCGUAGGACGACAAGUGUUGGCAAGUCCCCUGCUUGGCGAAAUCCAAAUCGGCAUCAUGGCCGGCCGCGCCGGUAUCGAUGUGGAGAUUAUCCGAGCAAAGAAUCUCGCUGUGAAGCCGGGUGUGAAAAUCAGUCCUGCUCCUUAUGUCAAAGUAUACCUUAUGGAAGGCAAGACGUGUGUUGCUAAGGCUAAAACGAAUCCGGUCAGAAAGACCACGGCGCCGCUAUUUCAGCAGCAUCUUAUCUUCAAUGAUAAUCCAAAACGAAAAAUGCUUCAGAUCACAGUUCUCGGUGACUACGGUAGAAUGGAGCGAAAAACAUUUAUGGGUAUUGCAUUGAUUCGAUUGGAUGAUCUACGAUUGGGUUCAGAGCCGAUUAUUGGCUGGUAUAAACUCUAUCACAGUUCAUCAUUGGCCGGUACCGGUCCCGUACGGAAAGACUCGGAAACUUCUUUAGUAGGAGCAAAUGCAUUACAAUAUCAGUAG